UUUCCCAAGCAUAUAACCACCUCUCUGGUCCCUUCUAUGGCUUCGAUUGUUAGACCAUUAUCAUAAGAUCAAGUCUCAUGCACCAAACUUCUUCUCUUCCCUUCCAGGACCGCCAUCAAGAUAUUACUUUGGUUGCGGCCUAUACUUGUUCUAUCUUUACAUCAUCUACUUCCCUCCGUUCACUUAUUCACAAGCCCUUGGCCCGUCCUCUUAAACACCCGUGCUUGCUGCCUUCUCGCUGAUUGACUUGUACUAUAUCAGCUUCUUUGCUCAAGUUUCCCCUACCAACGAGACAAGUUUUCAUCAGACACAAUGGGAUCCAACUACUGGAACAACAACAGUUGGUAUGAUGCCUCGUCACCACAGGACCAGGCCUCGUCACCAUCUGGAUACUCCUUCGACUAUUAUCAGUCACAGCCUUUGGUCAGAUAUGGUAGUUCUGGCAGUAACUCCCAGGCUUCCACCAGGGGCCCCGAGUCACCUACAGACGGCAGCUACUACACUCUGCAUGGCUCACCAACUAUGGACGAUGCUGUUUAUCAGCAAAGCCCUAGCUAUCAACAGCAUUAUACCUCUGGUCAGACAAGGGCUGGAGAAUCUUCUGUGCCACGGGGCGAAUCUGGAAAUGACUGGCCAGUCUCUUGCCUUCACCCUGGUUGUACUGCUCGCCCUUUCAAGCGUACUGCCGACCUCAUUCGUCACUACAAGAACACGCAUGCUCCCGAAUCGAGCAAGGAUGUCUAUCUGUGUGACUAUCCUCGAUGCACUCGCUUUCGUGAGCCCUUCCACCGUCGCGAUCACUUCCGAGACCAUCUCCGCGAGUACCACUGUGAAGAUAUCAUGAAGCGCGGCGCCACUGUUAACGAAGAGUGGCUCGAAGGUCGCUACACUCCUUCUACUUGGUGGCGCUGCCCCCGAUGCCUUGUCAGAGUCAACAUCUCAAAGCACGGCUACGAAUGCCCCGGGUGUAAGACAUCGUGCGAGUCUAAGCGCAAAGAGAAGCGCCGCAGUCGAUCUUGAGGUGUGUGGGCAGAGAUACGGCCUUGCCCAUACAAUCAGCCAACCACGACGCACCAAGUAUCGCAUUGGAUGGCUUGAAACUACACUUCUGUUUCACUCUGGGCUUCUUCUAUCAGCAAGCUUACACAGACAAACCAGUGGCAUAGUACUGAUCGC